AUGUCCCAAGUCAUCCGGGCUAGACCGUUGCUACAAAGACGAUUACUAUUUGGAUCAAGUCGCGGCAAAGAUGGGUUUCAGACUUACAGAAUCACUAAGAAAAUUAGCACGCAUCCAGAUCAACUAUAUCUGAUUAUCACGGACGUUUCAAAAUACGAAGAAUUCGUCCCCUUUGUCACAAGCUCAUUCGUCAACCAGUAUGACCCGGAUACAAAGCUACCCACAGAGGCUGGAUUACGAGUAGGGUGGAAACAAUAUGAUGAGAGCUUCACCUGCAAAUUAAUUUGCGAAGAAAACAAAGUCAUUGCCGAGUCUAUGAGCAUUCUGUUGUUCGAAAGCUUGUACAAUGAGUGGAAUCUUAAAGAAGUGAAAAGUCGAUUCACAAAUGAGCUGUCAACAUUGGUUGAACUUCUGUUGCGAUACAAAUUCAAGAACCCCUUUUACAAUACUCUCUCCUCCAUGUUUCACAACCAGGUGAGCAAUAUCAUGAUAAAGGCUUUCGAAGAACGCGCCAUGAAUUUGAAAAUACAAAGCAAACUCAAAGACAGGAUGAACAAUAUAGCAUGA